AUGAAUGUUGGUCCGGGUGGUGAUAUUGGUAACAUUGAGACUGAGCCAACUGAAGCAUUGAACAUGAAAGCUCUAGCUAUUGUCACAAGAGUUCGUGAAAAAUUGACUGGUAAAGAUUUUAUACAUGAACAAGAACUAACUGUCCCCAGACAAGUGAAUUUACUCAUACAACAGGCCACUGCCAACGAAAACCUUUGUCAAUGCUACAUUGGUUGGUGUCCGUUUUGGUGA